CCCCGCCACAUCACGGACGCCUCCUCCGCAGCUCCAAACAGGCAUAAAUACAGCUCUUUACCCGAUUUUCGUCCUUCUCAAUCAGUUCAGUUACUGCUUGGAGGCUAUACAGUCCGUCUGCCACUUCUGCUGCCGUCGCUGUUUGACUCAACUCUGAAAAUGACUCAUCAGUUCCCGUCCCUCUCUCCGGAGCAGAAGAAGGAGCUCUCUGACAUUGCUCAGAGGAUUGUGGCUCCAGGAAAGGGAAUCCUGGCUGCAGAUGAAUCCACAGGGACCAUGGGAAAGCGUCUCCAGAAAAUCAACGUGGAGAACAUUGAGGAGAACCGUCGUUACUUCCGUGACCUCCUCUUCUCCUGCGACACAAUGUCCAACUGCAUUGGUGGGGUCAUCUUCUUCCACGAGACGCUCUACCAGAAAGCAGACAGCGGCAAGCUCUUCCCCCAAGUCAUCAAGGAUAAGGGCAUUGUUGUCGGCAUCAAGGUGGACAAAGGCACAGCUGGUCUUAAUGGAACAGAUGGAGAAACCACCACACAAGGUCUUGAUGGCCUCUCAGAGCGCUGUGCCCAGUAUAAGAAGGACGGAUGUGACUUUGCCAAGUGGAGGUGUGUGCUCAAGAUCUCAGAUGGCUGCCCCUCAGCUCUCGCCAUUGCAGAGAACGCCAAUGUCCUCGCCAGAUAUGCCAGUAUCUGCCAACAGAAUGGCCUGGUGCCCAUUGUGGAGCCAGAAAUCCUUCCUGACGGAGACCAUGACCUGCAGCGCUGCCAGUACGUCACAGAAAAGGUUCUGGCUGCUGUGUACAAGGCUCUGUCCGAUCACCACGUGUACCUGGAGGGCACUCUGUUGAAGCCCAACAUGGUCACUGCUGGACACUCCUGCACCAAGAAGUUCACUCCUCAGGAGGUUGCUAUGGCCACAGUGACCGCUCUGAGGCGCACUGUCCCCGCUUCUGUGCCUGGCAUCUGCUUCCUGUCUGGAGGCCAGAGUGAAGAGGAGGCCUCCCUCAACCUGAAUGCAAUCAACCAGGUGCCCCUCCAUCGCCCCUGGAAGCUGACCUUCUCUUACGGCCGUGCACUCCAGGCCUCUGCUCUUGCAGCCUGGCAGGGCAAAACUGCCAACAAGGCAGCUGCACAGGAAGCUUUCUGCACAAGGGCCAAGAUUAAUGGCCUUGCUGCCAAAGGCGAGUACAAGCCCUCCGGCUCAGCUGACCAGUCCUCCAUGCAGUCUCUGUACACAGCAAGCUACGUCUAUUAAAUACUUUUAACGGUAAAUAAUAAAAAUGCACAUGGACCAAAAAUGCCUCUCCUGGAUUUUCCUCUUCUCCAGACCACCAACACCAGGGGAGGACUUCAAUUAUGUUAAACUACUGUUUGUCUACUCAGCGACAUUAUUUGGAAAUAAAUUAAGUGACCAAAA